CUCUUCGUUCCCCAACGACAAUUGGUCUGCUUCUGCUGAUGCUACUUCCGCUUCCUCCUCUUCCUCUUUUCGCUGCUCCCUCUGUGGCCUAAAUCAAAGGCAAGUCGUCGACAUGAUGGUCUCCCCCGCCGGAGGAAGUCGACUGCUACGACUCGGGCGGAUCCGGUGAUGACUCGGAAGGCCAUGCGUUGACGGGUAUUAGAAACGAGAUAGCAAAUAAGAUAUAUAUAGUUAAAGAGAUUUCUUGGGUGGGUGGGUGCGUGGGUUAGUUGAUCGGUGCCGGCGAUGGCGACGGCCAACGCGUUGGCGACGAAGGCGGCGGCGAUGGAUGAGUCGGCGGCGACGGAGGUGGUGGGGAAGGCGGUGCAUAAGCGGUUCGAGGCGCUGACGAUGGUGAGGAGCAAGGCGAUCAAGGGGAAGGGCGCGUGGUAUUGGGCGCACCUGGAGCCAGUGUUGGUGCCUGGCUCCGACGCCGCACUCCCCAAGGCGGUGAAGCUGCGGUGCUCCCUGUGCGACACAGUCUUCUCCGCCUCCAACCCCUCCCGCACCGCCUCCGAGCACCUCAAGCGCGGAACGUGCCCUAAUUUCUCCUCCCCCUCCUCCUUCGCCGCUCCGCCUCUUGCUUCUCCUCCUCCGCCGACGCCGCACCCUAAGCCCAUCUCUGCCAUUGCUCCCUUCGUUUCCUCCUCCGCAGGUGCCCCUAACGGCCGGAAGCGAUCCUCCCCCUCCGCCACCACCAGCUCUUCGCUUGCCCCCUUACGCAUCGCCGUCGUUGAUCCUGCCCGGUUCUCUUCCUCGCCAAACACCCCGGUCGCGGGUAGCAGCAGCGAUGUCUUAUUUUCCACCCCGCCGCCUCUCCAACUCCCCUUGCCACCGCCUCAAUCGGUCUUCUCCGGCGGGAAGGAGGACCUCGGCUCGCUGGCGAUGCUGGAGGACAGCGUCAAGAGGCUGAAGAGCCCAAAGGCCUUCCCCGCCCUAUCCUUCUCAAAACCUCAAAUGGAUUCCGCACUCUCCCUCCUCUCCGAUUGGUUCCACGAGUCCGCCGGCACCGGUGCCGUCUUUCUCUCCUCCUCCGAGCAUCCCAAGUUCCGCGCCUUCCUCAGCCACGUGGGUCUCCCUCCCUUCUCUGGCCGCGAACUCCUCGGCCCCCGUUUGGAGUCACGCUACGAGGAGACCCGCGCCGAUGCUGACGCCCGCAUCCACGACGCUCUCUUCUUCCAGAUGGCAUCCGAUGGUUGGAAGAAGCCCAGGGACUCUGCCUCCUCCAUCGUCAACAUGACCGUGAACCUCCCAAACGGGGCCAUCGUCUUCCACCGGUCCCUGCUCACUCACGGCCGACCCACGUCCAAGUUCGCGGAGGAGCUGCUCAUGGACACCGCCGCAGAGAUCGCUGGCGAGGGCAACAUGCAGCGGUGCGCUGGGAUCAUCGCCGACAAGUUCAAGUCCAAGGCGCUUCUGGACUUGGAGAACCAGUAUCCAUGGAUGGUGAACCUCUCGUGCCAGCUGCAGGGCCUCCGCGCCCUCAUCAAAGACUUUGCCCGCGAGCUUCCCCUCGUCCACACCGUGGCGGCCAAAUGCCACAAGCUCGCGAGCUUCUUCAAUGAGCACCCACAAGUGAGGAGCCUCUUCCACAAGUACCAGCUCCAGGAGCUGGACACCACGUGCCUCCUCCGCGUCCCACCGCCGUCGUACAACCCGCUUGAAGCUGGCGUGCCCCCUCCAACUUCCGUCUUCCCCAUGAUCGAGGACAUCUUGGCAUCUGCUCGUGCGGUGCAAUCCGUCGUGCUUCACGAAUCCUACAAGUCAAUCAGCCGCGACGAUCCCACCGCGCGCGACUUGGCGAACAUGGUCCUGGAGAUGAGCUUCUGGAACGAACUGGAGGCUGUGCACGCGCUGGUCCGGCUGGUGGAGGACAUGGUCCAGGAAACAGAGGCAGAGCGGCCGCUGGUGGGGCAAUGCCUGCCGAUGUGGGAGGAGCUGCGGUCCAAGGUCAAGGACUGGUGCGCCAAGUACACCAUCAAGCUCGCUCCUUUGGAGAAGGCGAUCGAUAGGAGGUUCAAGAAGAACUACCACCCUGCAUGGCCGGCAGCGUUCAUGCUGGAUCCGCUCUACUUGGUGAAGGAUGUCAGUGGCAAGUACCUCCCCCCAUUCAAGUCUCUGACCUCUCACCAAGAGAAAGACGUGGACAAGUUGAUCACCAGACUGGUCUCCCGCGACGAAGCCCACAUUGCUCUCAUGGAGCUUAUGAAGUGGAGAGCGGAGGGAUUGGAUCCUCUCUACGCGCAGGCGGUGCAGGUGAAGCAGCGCGACCCGGCCACCGGGAAGCUGAGGGUGGCCAACCCGCAGAGCAGCAGGCUGGUGUGGGAGACUUACCUCAACGAUUUCAAGUGCCUCGGCAAGGUGGCCGUGAGGCUCAUCUUCCUCCACGCCACCUCCUGUGUCUUCAAGCACAACCCUUCCUUGCUGCGCUGGGCCCGCUCCAGCUCUCGGUCCUCCGCCGCCGUUGACCGAGUACAUAAAUUAAUUUUCGUCGCGGCCAACGCGAAGCUUGAAAGGAGAGAUUUUUGGAGCGAGGAAGAUAAGGACUCGGCGCUCUUGGUUAACGGGGAAGACGAGGAAGACGAGGACAACGACGACGAUACUGAUCUCAACGAAACAACAUUCGCUGAAGCUUCCACAGUGAGGUGGUCGUUACCAUGGCGAUUCACUGUGGAGACUUGAACUAGUGGAAAUGAACGGGAGCAAGAAGCUUUGGAAGGACCA